CGACCCGCCGGGGCGGCGCGGCCGGCGGAGGCGCAGCGAGGCCGGGGAGGAGGCGGCGGCGGGCGCAGCCGAGACGCGCACGUCGUCAGCGCCAGCGAGGCUUUGCCUGCUCGACCCGGAGCCAUGUCGAGGUACCUGAAGCACUUCACGGUGGUGGGGGACGACCCGGUGCAGUGGAGCAACGACUACCGCAAAUGGGAGGAAGAGGAGGAGGAGGAGACGGGGGAGAAGCAGCGGGAGUCGGAGCUCAAACUGGAGCCUUCCCGGAGCCGCGUCUCCUUCCAGGAUGUGCUGAAAACAGUCUUCAGCUCGCACAGGUUCCAGAUCCUGGUUGUCUGCUUGGUCAUCGUGGAUGCCCUGCUGGUGCUCGGGGAAUUGCUUAUGGACUUGAAAAUCAUCCAUCCAGACAAAUACAACAUAGCUCCGAAGGUCUUUCACUACCUCUCCCUUUCCAUCUUAACCAUCUUCCUGGUAGAGGUGGGCUUUAAAGUCUUCGUCUACCGCCGGGACUUCUUCCGCCACAAGUUUGAGGUGCUGGACGGAGCCGUCGUCGUCGUGUCGUUCGUCCUCGAUGUCGUCCUCCUCUUCCGGGAGCACGAGUUCGAGGCUGUUGGGCUCCUGAUCCUCCUGCGGCUGUGGCGCGUGGCCAGGAUCAUCAACGGAAUAAUUUUAUCAGUAAAGACGCGCUCUGAACAGCAAGUGUCCAAGCUAAAGCAAGCAAACCUGCAACUUGCAACAAAGGUUGAACAACUUGAAUACAACUGCACAGAGAAGGAGCAAGAAAUUGAGAGGCUUAACAGGCUGUUAAAACAGCAUGGACUCAUCAGCGAGCAAAAAUAGGAGCUCAGUUUUUUGAAGGUGGGGAAGUCUGCCAUGGAGAGAGUGCAGUGUUGAAAUGUACCUGCUUGACCUGAAAGGUUUUUGUAUCCCUUUGCUUUCUCUUGUAUAAUGUUUUCUAUAAACGUUUGCUUAGAUCUUGAGAUUGCAAAAAUAGUUUUACUGGAAAAUUAAACACACAUUCCCUGUAAACAGUGAUUUCAUAAGACCUUGUACAGCUGUGCAGUCAAAGCUGCAAAAUAAUUUAAUAAAGACACAUCUUAUAAGUUAUA